AGGGAAGGAGCCGGAGGGAGCUGAGAAACCCAAAAUUCCUACUUAACCAGCAGUGCAAUUUCAUUAUAAUUCCGAUCUGUGACGGUUGAACUGAACUGAACUGAGAUCUGUCCUCGCAUCUACGGUCUCUCAUCCGAUUCCGACGAAUUGACCUUGUUUUCUGUAGUCGAGUCGGUUUCCAGGUAGGCCGUAGGCACAAGUAGAUUGGUUAGAACCAACGAGCCAACGAAUCAACCAUCUCUUCAAAGUGCGUCAGAUCCGGGCCAGAGCCUACUCUUUGGAGUUUGGAGUGCCCAAAAAAUCAUUUUUUUUCCCUGAGCCAACGACGACGACCCGUACUGUCGGAGGCGGCAUGGCCGCCGAUCAGGAUCACGAGCAGGAGCAGCGCCGACGCCUUCUCGCCGUCGCCUCCCGCUUCCCUCUCCCCAAUGGCGCCAGAUUCUCCUACGGCACGGCGGGCUUCCGCGCGGACGGCGCCACCAUGGCGUCGGCGGUCUGCCGCGCCGCCCUCCUCGCCGCGCUCCGCUCCGUCAAGCUCGCCGGCGCCGCCGUCGGCAUCGUCAUCACCGCCUCCCACAACCCCGUACGCGAUAACGGCGUCAAGAUCGCCGACCCCGAUGGCGGCAUGAUGGACCAGUGCUGGGAGCCCUUCGCCGACACCCUCGCCAACGCGCCCGAUCCCGACGCGCUCCUCCAGCUGGUGCUUCAGUUUGCAAAGGACGAGGGGAUUCCAUUGGGUAGAGGAGGGCACCACACGGCGCAGGUGCUGCUUGGCAGAGAUACCAGACCAACGGGAGAGUACCUCCUCGAUGCCGCACUGCAGGGGAUAAACGCGAUAGUUGGUGCACGCGCAAUUGAUAUGGGAAUUUUGACUACCCCUCAACUGCAUUGGAUGGUCCGGAGCAAAAACAAAGGCAUCAAGGCUUCCGAGUCGGAUUAUUUCACGCAACUUAUCGACUCGUUCAGGCGUUUGCUGGAAUUAGUGCCAAAAGAUAAAGGUGGGGAUGAUCUAUCCAAGAAACUAAUUGUAGAUGGGGCAAAUGGUAUUGGUGGGGUGAAGCUCGAGCAAAUAAAGGCAGAGCUUUCAGGCCUAAAUAUUAUUGUGAGGAAUUCAGGCAAGGAAGGAGAAGGGAUACUUAAUCACAUGUGUGGUGCAGACUUUGUUCAAAAGGAGAGAGUCACUCCUCAUGGGUUUAGCCCUGAUGAUAUUGGUGUCAGGUGUGCAAGUUUGGAUGGUGAUGCUGAUCGACUCGUCUACUUCCAUGUGUCAUCAGCUAGCAACAAUAGUGUUGCCCUUGUUGAUGGUGAUAAGAUACUAUCUCUGUUUGCCCUAUUUAUCAGAGAGCAGCUAGAUAUUAUUAGUGAUAAUGGUGGUCAAGCAAACAAACCAUUGCCUUCAAGGCUUGGCAUAGUUCAGACAGCUUAUGCAAAUGGAGCAUCCACAAAAUUUCUCAAGAGCCUUGGCCUUGAAGUGGUAUUCACUCCAACAGGAGUGAAAUAUCUGCACAAGAAAGCUUUGGAGUAUGACAUCGGUAUCUAUUUUGAAGCCAAUGGACAUGGGACUGUGCUAUUCUCAGAGGAUUUCAUCGCUCAACUAGAGUCAUUGAGCAAUGAGCUCUGUUCUCGAGCUGACACUGUUUCAGCACAAUAUCAAGCUGCAAUGAGACUGAUGGCAGCAAGUCAGCUAAUCAAUCAGGCUGUAGGUGAUGCUCUAAGUGGUUUCCUUUUAGUGGAGGCUAUUUUGCAGUAUAAGGGAUGGUCAUUUCAGAAUUGGUGUGAAUUAUACAGUGAUUUACCCAGUAGACAGCUGAAGGUGAAAGUUAUAGAUCGAACUGCUAUUAUCACAACAGACGCGGAAACAAAAGUUAGUCAACCAUCUGGUUUGCAAGAAUUGAUAGAUAUGGAGAUUGCCAACUACGCCCACGGGCGAUGCUUUGUGCGUCCAUCUGGUACAGAAGAUGUUGUACGGGUAUAUGCAGAGGCAUCUACGCAGGAGGCAGCUGAUAGUCUUGCAAAAUCUGUGGCGUGCCAUGUUGAAAGCCUUCUUGGAUAACCAUUUGCUGUCUUGUUUGCGACUUUGCCUCAACAACAUUUUUUAGGAUUACCCCAUUUCUGUUACCUUUGUAACUGUUACCUCCCGUGGGUCCAAACUUUCGAAUUUCGCAGUUGAUAUGCACAGAACAGAAAUCAAUAGGUGUUUGUUUCAAAACAUCAUAGAAAAUUUUAACAGCUGUGGAAUUAUUCCGAUGCAGUAUUCAA